AUGACGGGUUGCGAGCUUGUUGAAGCUCUGGAGGAUAGAUGUUACCGACUGGAGGGGGCUUUAGGCACUGGGUAUAGCAAGAAUGCCGAUGUUUCAGUUCAACUUGAUAAACUGUACGCGCAGUUACAUGAUCUGUAUUUCCAGAGCCUGAAGUACUCUCAAAACUUACUGGAACUCUUGAAUGUUUUCAUUGUUGAAGACGUGGGAGAUACAAGCACUCCUGAUGAUAUUCAUAUAUUUACUAGUUGUUUUGAUGACAUCUAUUCUCUAUAUAGUAAAUUUGACGAUUUGAACAAUCAAUAUAUGGAGUUCUCCCAAACCGGUGAGAAUUCAUUCGAUCAGAUUCCUUUCAAAGAUGCUAAUACCCAGACACAACACAUUAAGGAACUACCUGGGCUGGUAAAAAAUUGCAACGUGAUGAUUUUGAGAUCAAUGACAAUUUUGAACCGUUUCAUUGAGUGGAAUAUCGAAGUUAAUGGAUUUUUCCAAUUUCAAAGGAAAAGGUUAUUAAAUUUACAAAAGAUUGUUUAUAGAAAAUAA